GGCGCCGUGCCGGAGGUGACGUGUGCGGGAGCGCGCGGGGCGGAGCGGCUGCGCCGGCGGGGACGCGGCUAACGGGGAGCACCAGUUUGGGAGGAAGAGCAAAGAGACUUAAGGACAAAAACUGAUGGACCAUUACAUCUUCCAAAAUGAGCCUACUCACACUUUUCUCCAGGAAAAUAACAUGUCUUGAAGAGAGAAGAAUUCAGUGCUGGACUGCCCCGAACACUCCCCACGGUGCAGCUUCAGGGAGCAGCUUGGUUUAUCUGACGUGAAGAGGAGGCACAUGUGCAGUGAGCCAAGAGGACAUGGGCUUUCAGUGCACCUGCAGCAAUGAUCAGGUACUGGGUCCACGUGUUGCAUCUGAGUUGUGUUGCACAAAUUCUCUAAGCCCCAGCUCGGCCCAUCUCCUUGAUGCACACUCACAGCAUCAUGGCCAGCACUCAGGAGCGCCUGGGCCUGUCUUCCUCCCCGAACUCCAUGGGCAAAGCUUUCUGUGAGGACAAAGACUUGGGUAGGUUCCCCGACGAGCACACUCCCGCCGGGACCCACCCGUCCCCCGAGCUCAUCGAGGACGUGCGGGACAAGGGUUUGCUGCCGGCGGAGCUGCUGGAGGGCGUGAGCAGCCCGGUCACGGCGGCCGUGCUCACCAGCAUCAGCGAGGACUCCCGGGACCAGUUCGAGAACAGCGUCCUGCAGCUGCGGGAGCAGGACGAGCCCGACACGCCCGUCCCGCAGGGCCCCCGGGGCGCGGGGGACGGGGACAGCCACGGCGCGGGGGACGAUGUCAAGGUGCAGUUCAACAGGUCGGGCAGCGGCAGCGGCGGCUUCCUCGAGGGGCUCUUCGGGUGCCUGAGGCCCGUGUGGAACAUCAUAGGCAAGGCGUACUCCACGGACUACAAGCUGCAGCAGCAAGAUACCUGGGAGGUGCCGUUUGAGGAGAUCUCGGAGCUGCAGUGGCUGGGCAGUGGAGCACAGGGAGCAGUGUUCCUGGGCAAAUUCCGGGCGGAGGAGGUGGCCAUCAAGAAAGUGAGGGAUCAGAACGAAACGGAUAUCAAGCACCUGAGGAAGCUCAAACACCCCAACAUCAUUGCGUUCAAGGGGGUCUGCACUCAAGCCCCGUGCUACUGCAUCAUCAUGGAAUACUGUGCCCACGGGCAGCUCUACGAGGUCCUGCGGGCGGGCAGGAAGGUCACCCCUCGGCUGCUGGUGGACUGGUCCACGGGCAUUGCCAGUGGCAUGAACUACCUGCACCUUCACAAAAUCAUCCAUCGAGACCUCAAGUCACCAAAUGUUUUAGUUACACACACAGAUGCAGUGAAAAUUUCAGAUUUCGGUACAUCUAAAGAGCUCAGUGAUAAAAGCACCAAGAUGUCCUUUGCGGGAACAGUGGCUUGGAUGGCCCCGGAGGUGAUACGGAACGAGCCCGUCUCCGAGAAGGUCGAUAUCUGGUCAUUUGGGGUAGUUUUGUGGGAGCUGCUUACGGGAGAGAUUCCCUACAAGGACGUGGAUUCCUCGGCCAUCAUCUGGGGAGUGGGCAGUAACAGCCUGCACCUUCCCGUCCCUUCCACCUGCCCAGAUGGCUUCAAAAUCCUCAUGAAACAAACCUGGCAGAGCAAGCCCCGGAACCGUCCCUCCUUCCGGCAGACCCUGAUGCACCUGGACAUCGCCUCUGCCGACGUGCUGGCUACUCCUCAGGAAACCUACUUCAAAUCCCAGGCUGAAUGGAGAGAAGAAGUGAAGAAACAUUUUGAGAAAAUUAAAAGUGAAGGAACUUGUAUCCACCGGUUGGAUGAAGAAUUGAUUCGGCGCCGAAGAGAAGAGCUCAGGCAUGCAUUAGAUAUCCGUGAGCACUACGAGAGGAAGCUGGAGCGGGCCAACAACCUGUACAUGGAGCUCAGUGCUAUUAUGCUGCAGCUGGAGGUCCGGGAGAAGGAGCUCAUCAAGAGGGAACAAGCAGUGGAAAAGAAAUACCCUGGGACUUACAAGCGCCACCCAGUCAGACCAAUAAUCCACCCCAAUACAGUGGAGAAGCUGAUGAAGAGGAAAGGAGUCUCUCAUAAACCAGGCAGCCAGACUAAAAGGCCAGACCUGCUCAAGUCGGAGGGCAUACCCAGCACAGAGGCAGCGUCCAACGGCUCCCCAGUCUCAGGAAGUCCCAAAAUGUCAACGCUGAGCGGCAAAAGCCGGUACCGCAGCAAGCCCCGGCACCGCCGGGGGAACAGCAAAGGCAGCUACCAGGAAUUCGCAGGGAUCUUGAAAAACCAGCCGGCGCAGGACGACGCACCCCCACCUCCGCCCCACAACCCCCCCCCGCACCCCGGGCUGCCGCAGCCGGGCCACGGCCACCCCUCGCGGCUGCACGGCCACGGGCAGGACAUCGCCAACUGCGCCAACAACCUGCGCUACUUCGGCCCCGCGGCCGCGCUGCGCAGCCCCCUCAGCAACCACGCCCAGCGCCGCAUGUCCGGCUCCAGCCCCGACCUCAUCUCCACCGCCAUGGAGGCCGACUGCCGCCGCGGCCUCGACGGCAAGGGCGGCCAGGCCGAGCGCUGGGAGUGCUGCACCGCAGACCCCUACGAGUCGUGUCUGCAGUGCAGGGACGAGGACAGUGGGCAGGGGCAGAUGGCACCGGUGGAGGCGGGGGGGAGCCGCCCCCAGUCCCCGGCUUCUGCUUCCCUCUACGAGAGCGCGCAGUUCAUGGAGAAGCUGGAGGAGCAGGGCACGGCAGCGUCCGCCCUGGGCACUCCCCAGCACGUGGCGUCCUCGGUGCUGCCUUGCAAAGCGAGAUCCCUUCAGAAGAGCGGUGACGACUCAUCAGAAGAGGAAGAGGGUGAAGUAGACAGUGAAGUGGAGUUUCCUCGUAGACAAAGACCCCAUCGCUGCAUCAGUAGCUGCCAGUCCUACUCGACCUUCAGCUCCGAGAACUUCUCCGUGUCCGAUGGAGAGGAGGGGAACACAAGCGACCACUCCAACAGCCCGGAUGAGCUGGGCACCAAGCUGGAAGAUGAGCUGGCUGAGAAGCUGGAGGACAUGUUGUCCCAAACUCCAGAGAUCCCCAUUGAAAUCUCCACGCAGUCGGACGGGCUUUCAGACAAAGAGUGCGCCGUGCGGAGAGUCAAGACUCAGAUGUCUCUGGGCAAGCUUUGUGCAGAUGAACACAGCUGUGAGAACCCACCACAGUUUGGAGAAUCAGACUGUGACUCUUCUGAAGGGGAGUGUUCUGAUGCCACGGUCAGGACCAAUAAGCCCUGCAGCUCUGCUACUUGGUAAUACAGAUCUCCCCCAAAGCUUCCUGAUACUGGCAUUUUGAUUUCCCUGAGAUUCCACUUCAUUCCCCUUCAUCACACUUUACAGGAAGAGAAGAUGCUUCUCCUUCCCACCCCAGGAGUGAUUUGCAAUAACCCGAAUCUCUGGAAAAUGUCCAAAUGAAAUUAAUUCUCUUUGAGCAUUUCAAUCAAGAAUGGCAGGGAUGUAUUUUAUUGAAUAAUCUAGUUACUGUAACAUGGAUAUUUAUUUUUUUGACAUUUUAACACUUUUUACUGUAAAGAGUGGAUUGUAUUUAUAGACAUACAGACUUGUUGCAAAAAAAAAAAAGUUCAGAAAGCAAGCACACUACAGAGAAACAUCCUGGGAGUCCUGCCUGGACAGCUUUGUGUACAGAUGCAGGGGAUUCUCUUGCUGCUUGCACAGGGGACCAGGCCUCGUGGCCCUGAAGAUUGGAGAACAGAUCAAGAAAACUAAACCACUCAGUCUUAUCAAAAGAGGAAAAGCAGAAAACGACCUGACUGUAGGGUGACCUGUGAACAAAGCAUUUUCAGUAUAACCAGCUGGGUCAUUUUUAAUCAGAAGGAGGACAUGUUCCUGGAGCAAACUGGUACUGAGGUGCUAACAUCCAGGGUCUUCUGAGUCAAUACAUCCCCAGGAAUGUAAUAGUGGGUUUUAUUUUAAGGAUUUUUAGUUUCUUUUUUUAAUCAGCAUUUUGUUGUGAGAUCCUGCAAAUGUACUCUAACCUCAUCCUCUUGAGAACUGGUAUCAGAGCACUUCUUAACACCGUCCUUGCUUCACUGUGGCAGUGUCGACCUCCAGUUGAGCAGGGAAACCUCUUUCAGAUGCAGUGUGCCAUUUCCCAGUUUACUUCCUCCUCUUACCUCCUGUCUGUUUCAGUCAGUCAAAGAAAUCAAUCCAAUCAGUGUUGGCAAAGCAAGGACUUGCAAAGCGUGGAAAGCACAUUUCUCAGAGCCUGAGCCCUUCUGGGGAGGACACUGGAGACGCCUGGACUGGACUGGGAGAAGCAGCCUCUCACCUACAGCAGCAUUGAUAACCAGCAGAGAGCUGUGUGUUGAGGGGGAAGACUGGGAAUCACUGGCCUGGCUCAGAGCAUCAGCCCUGCUCUGUCUCCUUAUUCACUGUACAUUCUUGGAAGCAUUAGCAGCUGCCUGCCCUUCAUGUCAGGCUUUGUGCAAAACAGGUUGCACAGGGAAUUUGACAGUGGCUGUGGCACAGCUGUGUCUCGGGCGUGCCCCGAGGCCUCUGUUUCUCCUCCAAGCUGAAACUCUGCAGGUGAAAGUGAGGAUAGUACUGGUAUGUGACAGGCCGAGGCAUUGGCAGAUGAGAAAAAUUUGUUUUCUGAUAGAACUCAUAGUGCCUUCCCUUCAAACACUACUCUUCUAAAACAAUGUUGAAAGAGAACAAAACGAUAGAGCACGUUCCCCCCCCUUCCUUAGUUGAUGUCCCCCUGCAAGAGCUCUCCCUCUGCCCUUCCCAGCGUGCUGGCACGACCAGCCUGAGGUGAACGGCAGGAAUGGACCAUGGACAGGUACUUCUGUUGCUUUGUUUGUUUACAUUUUAUGUUAAAAUAUUGGUUUGAAUUUAACUGUGGUAAUUUAUAGCCUCAUGGCAAAGUGAAGGAAAAUGUCUUACCUAUACAGAGAGCAGUAUUGUAUGAGUUAAAUUAUCCCAUAUUUUUAAAUUUUUGUAGCUGGACUACAGACAGAUCUUAAGUUAUGAUGUUAUUUUAUUAUUUAUUAUCAUUUCUGUAGAUCAGAAGGUUGGCUUCACCGCUAGCACAAUUGUAAUCUGUUUGUGUGAUGUUACCUUCUCCCUGGUCACCGAGGGGGCGGGAGCAGAGCUGGGCUCAGUGGCUGUUAGGAAUUGCUGCCUCUCGUGAUUUCCAGGGAUGCUGUUACUCCAGGAGAGGACACAGAGAGGGAUGGAUGGCUGCAGUCAGCCCUGUGUGAGGUUCUUUGUGGGCACUUUGCUCACGUUGCUGGUAGUUGUCAGCCCCUGAACUGGAGGGGAUGGUGAUCAGGGAGCGAGUGGCUUUUGAACUGACCACAAAAUGAGUAACUGUGACGGGAUCCCCUGGCAAGAGCAUCCCAAAGGACAUUGCUCCAGGCAGCGGGUGCGAGAUCACGGUGGCCAGCAGUGGAUCCACAUGGUGGAUCACCCUGGCAGGACCAAACAGGCUGCUGGAGAGGGAGCGACCUGCUCACCCUGCCCUCAGCAGCAAGGCUGGCUCUGGGUGGAGGCACAAUGCCCUGGGGAGUGAAGCUCUUUCCUGGCUCCUUUCUUGUUUCCUCUCCCUUCCCACCCCUCGUUUCUCCUCCCAGGCGUUCUCUGUCUCUUGGCCAGCAGCAGGAGGAGGUGGCAGGGCCAGAGAUGGCUUUGUUGUGAGGUGAUUGGUGUGAGAGGGAUUUGGUGUGGCAGAGGUGGUGCAGAUGGUUACUCAGGAGGCUGGAGGCCAAGGUGUGGGAAUUUAGCAGUGGGAGGACUAUGUGCACGUAACAUACUGUGGUGUAAACAGAGGUUGAGAACUGCCAUUGGGUGUCCCCCAGCAGAGGAUGGAAGGCCUGUGCCCCUGGGGAGACUCUGCUCAGAGCUGGCAGGCUCCCUGAGCCCGGUGUCCUUGGGCAGCCCCACACAACAGCCCCAAAGCAGAGCUGCCUCUGCUCAGGCCUGUCAGUCUCUGCAGGGCCUCCAGCCUGUGACGAUUCAGUCCCAGUCAAACAGAUCCCAGAGGGGUUUGGGUACCUGUGGUCUCUGCUUAGGUUCCACCGUGGGAUGCAGCUCCUCUGGGCUCGCAGAGAAGCUUUGGGGUGUGGGAUUCUGGGACCCUUAUGGACCAGCUGUCCUGGGUGUGUGCUGAUCCCUUCCCGUCCUUGCCUGGGGAUGUGCUGGCCUGUUCUGCAGCCUGGGCAAGCAGAGCUGAACCCUCCAGGCCGCCACAUUUAGCUCUAGUUUCCUCACACACCCAGGUCAUUGCACUUUUAUGGUCCAGUGUCACUCCUCCUACCUGCUGCCUCCAAUGCAGCAUCCCUCUGGAAAUGCCACUAGGGCAGCCCCCCUUGCCCCCGUCCGUGGAGGUGCCACCCCAGCCUUGCCCUGCACACACAUCUCGUGUGCUCAGCUGUGUGUGGGCAGGGCUGGCUCAGCACCGCCCACAUUCCCGGGGUGUCACCGUCCAUUCUGCAGGGCGUUAGGGCGGAUUUCCUUAGUGGAACCUCCCUGGAAUGGCACAGACGUGACCUGUGACCUCCACGUCACUGUACGGGCGCCUGUGCUGCGGUUCCUCACACUUUCCCUCCCAGCAGGGUCUGGGAGGUGUAGUGGACCUGCUUCCUCCUCGGAGUAACACCGCGCUCGCAGGGCAGGAGUAACCCGUGGGUUCCCUUUCCAGCACCCCAAGUUCCCUGACCCAGUUCUCAUGGCUGCUGACAGCUCCUGAACACUAGCCUAGAUUUUCUCCCAGAGCUGAAUGUUGCCCUCCCCACUGUCGUGUUAAGUACCCAUUUCAUCUUGGCCCUGUCCAGUAGCGUUCAUCCCCUCCUCCCUGCUCUGUGGAUUCCUGAGACAAACUUGAUUUUUUUUGUAUUGACCAGUGUACAGUGAUGGAAACAAGAAUGACUAUCAAAGCAAACAAUGCAUGGAAUAAAAAGCCAGUGUACUUCAA